AUGAAGUUCAGACUGGUAGAAGACAAGGAUGUGAUAGAGACCCAAGAGAAAGAAGAGCACCAUUCAGAGGAAACAGACGUCGACUCUGAAGAAUUCUUUGGACUAAAAACAAAGUAUGAAGAAUCGUCUGAGGAGGAGAAAGAUAUGUGGGAGGACUCCGAUGAUGAGGGGAGCAGCACUCAUUGGACAGUUGAAAAAAUAGAAAAACGGCCGGGGAAAGUCCGAAAAACAAAUGCUCUAUGCAAAAAUCUACUAAAAUACACGACCAGUCACAUACUAACCAUUAGAAAGGGAAUAGUAAAGGUAGAAGUAAUGGAUGGAAAUAUAUAUCUACUAGACAAAGCAGGCCAGCUGUACAUGUGCAGCACCGAUGAGAACAACAGAAUAUCUGGGCAUCUAUGCAAGAUUGAAAUUAAGAAGGGUUCUAAGGAAAAGAACUUCAAAGACUUCAUAGUAGCGCCAAGUGGCAUGAUUGUUGCGCUUACAAAGGCCUUUCACUCAUUCAGCACUGUAACACCAGAAACUGGUGUAAUAAAGGAGGUGAAUCUAUACCAGUACAAGGACAAAGGAUAUAGCAGAAUUAAAAAAAUACAAAAUGGAUUUGUGUUGAUAUCCGAGAAGUCUCUUCUUAUUUACAACUACAAUGCACUUCUCAUGGAGAGAAUAGAAAUGUCCGAGAAAAUAGAAGAUGUUAUAGAGGCUGGAGACUACUUCUUGGUGCUUUUGGAGAGCAGGCUGGUAAAGUAUUGUCGAAAAAUGAAAGCCACAAUUCUUGAGUCAGAAGUGUUAGUGAAUCCGCAAGUUCUGUGCAUUUUUAACGAAUCAGUGGCAGUUGGCGGCAAGGGUGGGGUUACUAUCUUCCAAAAGGGUACUUUUAGCAUAGAAACCGAACUUGCAAACUUAGAAAAUGUGACAGCACUGGGAUAUAUGCAGGAAAUGGACAUUCUUGUCUUUGGAGACAAAAACAAAGCCAACGGAAUUCGAAUGUAUAAUGCAAAGGAGAAAAAAAUGAUAACGACUUUCCCACCCAGCACAGGGCUGGGCUAUAUUGGAGGGUUUAUUGAGUGUGGCCGCGCUCUUUAUUUCGGUGCAAUGGAGCGAUUGUACAUCCUAAAUAUUCCAAACUAGUCAUACAACACGAGCGUGUUGUUCUAUCUGCAGUGCCUACUAAUGAAAUGGGCAUGGAAUAGAAGAACUUUUCUGUUUCUAUAGAUAAACCAAAUAAAUAAGAAAUCAUAGAGG